AUGCGAUUAUCUCAAACUAUUUUUAUUCUGAGUGGAAAAUUUGCUGACCACUUUAUACGAUUUGGUGGGUACACUCCCACUCCUUUAUCGUUGAAAAAGCUGAUUGCAUUUGGUAAAGUCGGCUCGGUUCAGGAGUCUGCAUCAUUCUUGGCUUAUGAACUUCCUGUUCGCCUAGCAAAUAUCUUGCAAGAAAUCCAUUUGCUCCCAGAACAACUCGUCAGAACUCCUUCUGCAUCUCUUGUGAGACGAUGGUACGAGCAAAGCUUCUGCGAAUUGAUGGACUUCGAAAAGAUAAAAUGGGACGAAAAAAGUUUAAAUCAAUUUAACGAAAUCCUCGCCGGUAUACGUAGUCGUCACACGACCGUCGUUGAAACGAUGGCACAGGGUGUAAUGGAAAUGCAGGAAAACUACAAGACUGACAUAGUUACAAACAACCAGGUGCAAUACUUCUUGGACAGGUUUUAUAUGAUGAGAAUCAGUAUUCGUAUGUUGCUUAGCCAGCACUUGCUUAUGUUUGGUUCAGAGUUGAAUAAACAUAGAAGAUACGUAGGCUCGAUUGAUCCUGAUUGCAAUGUUCGAGAAAUAUUGGAUGAUGCAUACGAGGAUGCCAAAUUUCUUUGCGAGCAUUACUAUUCAGCGGCUCCUGAAAUGAAGGUUCGGGUGCAUAGUGGUGACAAUGCAAAAAUUGAAUUUGUCUAUGUACCUUCGCAUUUGUAUCAUAUUUUGUUUGAACUGCUGAAAAAUGCCAUGCGAGCAGUGGUGGAGCAGCAUAGUAGGGCUGACCAACUUCCUCCCAUUAAAGUCUUGAUAGCAACUGGUCAGGAAAAUGUGGCGAUCAAAAUUUCUGAUUUGGGUGGUGGUAUCCCGCGUUCUCAAAUGGAUUUAGUUUUCAAUUACACUUAUACAACUGCCGGGCAGGCUAAACGAUGCGGUGAAACAUCUUCAUUGUCAAUGGAACCCAGACCGCCUGGUCAGGGAACCAGUGCUCCGAUGGCAGGUUAUGGUUAUGGUCUUCCACUUAGUCGAUUAUAUGCAAAGUACUUCAAUGGUGAUCUUAUACUAUCCAGCGUAGAAGGAUACGGAACUGAUGCUAUAGUAUAUUUAAAACGUAAUGCUGCUGAAGCUGAUGAACUGCUUCCUGUGUUCAAUCGUACCUCUGCUAAACAAUACGGGAGUGCUAGUAUCCCGGUUGCCGACUGGUCUAAUCCUCAUAUAACAACUGGUUGGCGACGAAAUUGAAUAUCCCUUCAUUAAAUUUCAUUUUCACCAUAUUAAAGAAUUUUCUAACCGGCAUUUUCUCCUUUUUUGUGGAUCUCAUUACUUUAGUUUCCCAUUUUCCCUCUUUCACCCAUCACCAUUAGUUUCUAACUUGACACUAUAACACACCAGAUGACAUCGAUGUGAAGCUCAAAAC